AUGCGCUCUGUACCCCCGGGGCCGCUGCGCCCCACUAGCCAGCUGGGAGCCCGCAGGAAUGAGGCACCGCCUGGGCCCCCGCCCUGCAUCCUUCCGGCCUUGGCACUGCCCGCCGAGACCCCCGACCCCCGGGCCCUGCCCCUGCUGCAGGCAGACACGGGGGGCCCCUCCUGGACUAUCUCAGAUAAAAAAACAGGACCAAGCGCGUGUCCACAAGCUGGGGAACCAGCCCUGGAGGAGUUCCAUGCAGCCCUGUGGACGAGCAAGCUGCCCCAGCGCCCCACUCAUCGCGCCAAGCAGCGGGAACUUCCCCGUCCUAAGAAGCCGUGUGGCUGGAGGUAUAAAGGGCACCUGGAGCCGGGCAGCCUCCAGGUCCGCAGCCUCCAGGUCCGCAGCCUCCAGGUCCACAGCCUCCAGGUCCGCAGCCUCCAGGCCCGCAGCCAGCUCCUACCCGGCCUCUUGCUUCUGUUCUGGCUGCCUGCCAGCCUGGCCCGCCAUGGCCCCCCGCUCUGGGGGGGGCCCCACCCCCACGGGACCCCACGCUGCUACUCGGCCGAGGAGCUGCCCCUGGGCCAGGCCCCAUCACACCUGCUGGCUCGAGCUGCCAAGUGGGAGCAGGCUCUGCCUGUAGCCCUGGUGGCCAGCCUGGAGGCGGGGGGCCGCAGAAGGCAGCACGACGAGCCCCCGGCUGGGACCCAGUGCCCGGUGCUGCGGCCUGAGGCGGUAUUGGAAGCCGACAUCCACCAGCGCUCCAUCUCGCCCUGGAGAUACCGCGUGGACACCGACGAGAGCCGCUACCCGCAGAAGCUGGCCUUCGCCCAGUGCCUGUGCAGGGGCUGCAUCAGCGCCAAGACGGGCCGGGAGACGGCCGCGCUCAACUCCGUGCCGCUGCUGCAGAGCCUGCUGGUGUUCCGCCGCCGGCCCUGCUCGCGGGACGCCUCGCGGGUGCCCACACCCGGGGCCUUCUCCUUCCACGCCGAGUUCAUCCGCGUGCCCGUCGGCUGCACCUGCGUCCUGCCCAGGUCGGCACAGUGA